CUUAGGAUAAACUGACAUGUAGGCUUUGGACAUUAGAACAUGCUACUUGGACUUUAGCAGUUUUUUUAUGUUUAUUUUGUUCACAAGUUAUUUUUGUAUUAAGGGAAUGCCAACUCUGGUUCAGCAUGCAGCACUGUGCAAAUCAAGGAAGGUAAUAGUCUUUCAACGCAACCAUUGAGGCCUUAAAUUUGAGACCAAGACAAAAUCCCACAGAAUACCUGCAGCAACACUGAGAGCAACUCACAGCUCCUAGGGAGGAUUAUGCCAUUGUAGCUGACAACUUGAGCUUUCUCAGAAUACGACGGCUACAAGGCAAAGUCAGUCCUGCUCUGCUUACACCCAGCAGGAACCAUGGAUGACCCCUAUCAAAACAACGUGAACCAGCAGAUGACAGAAGGUGGAGAAUACACCUAUACCCAGGAUGGAGGAGGUCAAGAUGGCUACCCUUACCAGACAGACUACCCUCCCCAGGACGAGGAUGCUCGUAGUGAUGCUACAGAGGGCGCAGACGAUGAUGAGCAGAUGUAUGAGGGGGAGUACCAAGGCAUCCCCCACCCUGACGAAAUCAAGGAGGCACGGCGAGCAGCUCGGUUGGAGGCCAGGAGGAAAGCCCGUCAGGCUGCCCAGCAGGAAGAGGAGGAGGAUAGCUUGCCAGAGCAGUACGAGACCAUUAUGGAGGACUGCGGUCAUGGACGCUUCCAGUGGACGCUCUUCAUCGUGCUGGGUCUGGCGCUAAUGGCUGAUGGAGUGGAUGGCUUUGUGGUGGGCUUCGUCCUGCCUAGUGCUGAGAAAGACAUGUGCAUAUCCAACUCUGACAAAGGCUUACUGGGUCUGCUGGUGUAUGUGGCCAUGAUGGUGGGGGCGUUGGUGUGGGGGGGUCUGUGCGAUAAGAUGGGGAGGAGGAAGUGUCUGAUCUACGUCCUGACAAUCGACCUGGUCUUCUCCUUCCUCUCCUGCUUCGCCCAGGGCUACGGCUUCUUCCUCUUCUUCAGGUUUUGCUCCGGCUUUGGAAUUGGCGGCUCCAUCCCAAUAGUGUACACUUACUUCACCGAGUUCCUGCAGAUGGACAAACGUGGAGAACAUCUGAGCUGGCUCUGCAUGUUCUGGAUGCUGGGAGGCCUGUACGCCUCCUUCACCGCCUGGGGAAUCAUCCCUCACUAUGGCUGGGGCUUCGCCAUCGGCACAGAGUUCCAGAUUCACAGUUGGAGAUUAUUCAUUCUGGUUUGUCUCUUCCCUGCGCUGGCUGCACUUGUUGGAGUCAUCUUCAUGCCGGAGAGCCCUCGUUUCCUCCUGGAGAGUGCCCGACACGAUGAGGCAUGGAUGGUCCUGCGACAAGUUCACGACACCAACUGGAAGGCUAAGGGGGAACCAGAGAGAGUCUUUACUGUGACCAACAUUAAGACACCACAAACUCAAGAAGAUGAGUUCAUAGAGAUCCAGAGCGACACUGGAACUGCCUUUCAGCGCUGGACCGUCAGACACGUGACCAUGCUGCAACAGGUGAUGGCUAACAUCAUGUCACUGUCAGCCCCAGAGCUCAGACUGCAAGGCCUCUUCCUGGUUAUUGUCUGGUUCUGCUUGGCAUUCAGCUACCACGGGUUGGGAGUGUGGUUCCCUGACAUGAUCAAAUACAUGCAGUAUGAGGAUUACGAGUCCAAGGUCAGAGUGUUCCACCGGGAACGGGUCGAACGUUUCCACUUUAACUUCUCUCUGGUCAACCAGAUCCACCGCGAAGGAGAGUACAUUCAUGACAAGUUUGCCAACAUUGAGAUUAAGUCUGUAAAGUUUGAGGAUUCUCUGUUUGAAAACUGCUACUUUGAGGAUGUCAGGUCAACCAACACCUUCUUUGAGAACUGCACCAUCAAAAACACCGUCUUCUAUAACACAGACCUCUGGCAUGAAAAGUUCAAAGACUGUCGAAUGGAGAACACCACCUUCCUCCAUCCGAAAAAAGGCUGCCAUCUGAACUUCCAGGAGGAGAACGACAUCGUUAUCUACAUGGUCAGCUUCCUGGGCAGUUUGGCUGUGUUGCCUGGCAACAUCAUCUCAGCAUUGUUCAUGGACAAGAUAGGAAGAAUCCGAAUAAUAGGUGGUUCUAUGUUGGCAUCGUCUGCCUGCACUUUCCUGUUACUGCUAAGCUUCAGUCAAGGAGCUGUUAUAUGUUGGCAGUGUCUCUUCUAUGGCGCCAGCGUGGCAGCCUGGAACGGACUGGAGGUCAUUUCUGUGGAACUAUACCCCUCCUCUAAAAGAGGGACAGCGUUCGGUAUCCUGAAUGGGAUCUGUAAGUUUGCUGCCAUCCUUGCAUCCUUCAUCUUUGCAGCCUUCAUCGGCAUCACUAAGAUUAUCCCUAUCUUCCUGGCCUUCGCCGCCCUUGUCUGUGGAGGUCUGGUAGCUCUCAAGCUGCCCGAAACCCGGGAGAAAAUCCUAUCUUGAAAAGCCAAACUCCUGCAGCCUCCAGGCCUCAGCCGCGGUAUAGCUCUGGGGAAAGCUUUUUGGGAGUGAAUCAUCUUAAACUUUACUGGAAAGACAAAGAAGAGAGGCCGUGCUGCGCUAGCUGUGUUUAUGAGUUCUAAUUAAAAGUGUUGAAAACCUGUCUGGUUGCCUACGUGAACCUGUGGUUGCUUUUAUUCCCUCUGUAAGCUCCUCAGGCUGCCCAGCGUUUCUGUCACAUCAUAUAAAACUAUUGUUUGUUAAUUUCCCUUUUAUCAUUUACUACCCCUCCUCUUCUAACACACAUACACACACACAAUUUAGCAGCAUUUGUUUUGUUUGAGAUUUGUGUAAAAGAAAGAUUAAUAUAAGAUGAAAAUAUGUCUGUACUUGAAAGGUGAUGUAGUUCAUGUUACCAUGUUGUGCUUUGAUUUCAUUCCCUGUUGGAAUAAAAGGAAAGAGGGAGGACUUGUAAUCAUAAUAACUUGAGCUAGAUUUGAAUCCUGUUGUAUUCAUGCGGAGGCUCAGCAGCAAUAUUACUGCUGGUGUUGUUAUUUUAUUCGCCCAGACUUUAUUCAUUCUACUCUGUCCCAUGGUGUAUAGUCUCAUCUUUAGUUCACAUGUUGAUGCUUGGUUCGAUCUCUCUAGACAUAAACCUGGAUUGACCAUUUUAUUAAAUGUAGGAGGUAUUUGUUUUUUUAUCAUUUCUCCCAGCUGAUCCAAAUCCAACCCAAACAGCCGACUGGAUUCUCCUCCUGUUUGCCCUUUUGUCUUCGACUGAGACGUCCUGUCUGUACUUAACUGUAGAGCUGUGUUCUGUAGGUGGUGAUAAUGUAGAGUCUUAUCUGUCACAUUUUGCCAUGACAACGUGUAAGGAAUUGUUUCUUUGUUUGUUUAUUGAUUUACUUUCUCGUCCUUUUUUUUCUAAAAAGGAGAAUGAUACAAAACUGUGAGAUUAGAUGUUUUGAUAUGAUGCUCUCAUUUUAAUGUUCUGAUGAAGAACAGUUUUACAGAACCUGCUGCAUUUCUGACGAUGUGUGUCAAGAUUUCUAAGGAGCAUGUUACUUUUUUUGGCAUGAUUGACUGUGUGUGUGCGUGUGUGUGCGCGGUUGUUAUCCACGUCUGUGAAUUUACACAAUAGUCUGACUACCAAUACUAUAUGUGUUGUUGUACAUACUGUAGACCUGUGUAUAUUAGUUGUAAAAUAGUAGCUCCAUCAUGACUUGAAUAAAGCUGAAGGCUUAUGA